AUGCCUCGAGCAAGGAUCUUUAAUGAGUCCCUUAUGAAGGGACAGUUGCUCAGUUCCUGGAAGAAUGCGUAUGUGGAUCCAAUGUAUAAGACUGAAGAUAGAGAAGAGGCACUUAACGACAGACCUGCAUCACUGACGACCAUCACUUACAAAGUACUUGGAAGAAUAACCAGCCGGCCGGAACAACAGCCCCCAGCCGGCCUGAACAACAGCCCCCAGCUGGCCGGAACAACAGGCCCCAGCCGGCCAGAACAACAGGCCCCAGCCGGCCAGAACAACAGCCCCCAGCCGGCCGGAACAGCAAUCCCCAGCCGGCCGGAACAACAGCCCCCAGCUGGCCGGAACAACAGGCCCCAGCCGGCCAGAACAACAGGCUCCAGCCGGCCAGAACAACAGCCCCCAGCCGGCCGGAACAGCAGUCCCCAGCCGGCCAGAACAACAGCCCCCAGCCGGCCGGAACAACAGCCCCCAGCUGGCCGGAACAACAGCCCCCAGCCGGCCGGAACAACAGCCCCCAGCCGGCCAGAACAACAGCCCCCAGCCAGCCGGAACAACAGCCCCCAGCCGGCCGGAACAACAGCCCCCAGCCGGCCGGAACAACAGCCCCCAGCCGGCCGGAACAACAGCCCCCAGCCGGCCGGAACAACAGCCCCCAGCCGGCCAGAACAACAGCCCCCAGCCGGCCGGGACAACAGCCCCCAGCCGGCUGGAACAACAGCCCCCAGCCGGCCGGAACAACAGCCCCCAGCCGGCCGGAACAACAGCCCCCAGCCGGCCGGAACAACAGCCCCCAGCCGGCCGGAACAACAGCCCCCAGCCGGCCGGAACAACAGCCCCCAGCCGGCCGGAACAACAGCCCCCAGCCGGCCGGAACAACAGUCCCCAGCCGGCCGGAACAACAGUCCCCAGCCGGCCGGAACAACAGCCCCCAGCCGGCCGGAACAACAGUCCCCAGCCGGCCGGAACAACAGUCCCCAGCCGGCCGGAACAACAGCCCCCAGCCGGCCGGAACAACAGCCCCCAGCCGGCCGGAACAACAGCCCCCAGCCGGCCGGAACAACAGCCCCCAGCCGGCCGGAACAACAGCCCCCAGCCGGCCGGAACAACAGCCCCCAGCCGGCCGGAACAACAGCCCCCAGCCGGCCGGAACAACAGUCCCCAGCCGGCCGGAACAACAGCCCCCAGCCGGCCAGAACAACGGCCCCCAGCCGGCCGGAACAACAGACCCCAGCCGGCCGGAACAACAGUCCCCAGCCGGCCGGAACAACAGCCCCCAGCCGGCCGGAACAACAGCCCCCAGCCGGCCGGAACAACAGCCCCCAGCCGGCCGGAACAACAGCCCCCAGCCGGCCGGAACAACAGCCCCCAGCCGGCCAGAACAACAGCCCCCAGCCGGCCAGAACAACGGCCCCCAGCCGGCCGGAACAACAGCCCCCAGCCGGCCGGAACAACAGCCCCCAGGCGGCCAGAACAGCGGCCCCCAGCCGGCCGGAACAACAGCCCCCAGCCGGCCAGAACAACAGCCCCCAGCCGGCCGGAACAACAGCCCCCAGCCGGCCGGAACAACAGCCCCCAGCCGGCCGGAACAACAGCCCCCAGCCGGCCGGAACAACAGCCCCCAGCCGGCCAGAACAACAGCCCCCAGCCGGCCAGAACAACGGCCCCCAGCCGGCCGGAACAACAGCCCCCAGCCGGCCGGAACAACAGCCCCCAGCCGGCCAGAACAACGGCCCCCACCCGGCCGGAACAACAGCCCCCAGCCGGCCAGAACAACAGCCCCCAGCCGGCCGGAACAACAGCCCCCAGCCGGCCGGAACAACAGCCCCCAGCCGGCCGGAACAACAGCCCCCAGCCGGCCGGAACAACAGCCCCCAGCCGGCCAGAACAACGGCCCCCAGCCGGCCAGAACAACGGCACUGUCACCGAUAA